UUUGUUUGGCAUGUUUCAGGGCACCCCUCCUCUGCAACACCAAGCAGGGAAUCUCCACAAACAAACCAGCAAACACGGUCGAUUCCUCCUAGCAUUCAUGCCUCCCUUGGGGGCCUAAAACUGAGCAAAGCUGCUUCAACAAGCAGCACUGAAAAGUCUAGUGGCAGUUUUCAUGGAAACCCUUCUUUCUUCAGAACUCUCUCAGAACCUGUGACAAAGGACUCAGCCAUCAUCGCCAAUAUCCCUAAGCUUGAACUCCUCGCAGCUGUAAACAGAAGUUCUGGAGCUGCAGGCGUGCCCAAGGAUGAUGAGGAGGAUUCAUCAGCUGGCGACGAUUCUUGCAAGGCCAUUUCUUCUGCUGGCUUUGGCAACCUGGAAGAUGUUAUGCCCAUAGCAGAAGCACACCAGGCAGAGCCCAAUAUGCCAUCAACAGCAGAAAGCAGUGAUACAUUGGUUGUGCCAGCCUCAGUUCAGCCAGGAGCCACAUCAAUGUCUGUGCCAGUUGUUCUCGCACAGCCAGUCUUUGUCAACUCCCAGAUUCAGAGCAUAGCUUACAAGCCUAUCAUCAGUGUGAAUAUGUUGGCCCAAAGUCGCAGAUGGGCAGAGGGCAUCAACAAUGAAGCCAUGCAGCUAGGAACGGUGGUUAUCGCUGGCUCAAAGAUCACUUUACCUGCUAUUCCACUCUCUUGUCUCUUGAACUCUAGCUUCUUGCCUCCAUUUUCAUCCAUUCCAAGUGAAGGGACUUUAUUGCCAAACCAUGAGCAGAAAGAUCAUCCAUCCCCUUCCAUCUCACAAACUGUAGCUGCAUCCUUCAAUGAUACAUUUAGUGGAACAGACAAGCAGGAUGUUGAAAGUGAGGGAGUAGAUGAAAACUUAGAGGUUUUUGGAAAAGGCAAGGAUCAGCGGGACAUAUCCACAUUGUCCAGACAGAUGUCGCUUAAAGAGGUGCAGGAAGGGAAUGAGAAAAAUCUAACCACAUCACCAGGUAGACAAGCUGUGUCAGCCACAGCCAUUCCGUAUCACCUGCAAGGCCAUUCUGUCCCAACACUCCACACGUCAACCUGCGUCACUUUCUGCUGUGUCAAACGUGCUCAGCCUAUGUAUGUACAAGUCCGAGGGAGUAACAGGCGUGUGUCCAUGUACUCCAACUGGCGCCUUUCAAAGCACAACCCCAACCCUGUUGGUCUCACAUCCGCAUGCUUCUCUCUCUCUACUGUUCUCGCUACACCUCCAAUCCAACUUAUUCUACAUGUGCAAUGCUGCAGAACAGUGUCACUCAUAGCUCCUACUGGCGGUACCACCAUGGAAAUAGUUGCAAGCAGGAAGUAGCCAUGACACCAUCGGUGUCCAUGCAGCCAACCUCAGUUUUGUCCUCUGAUUCCUCAGAAGGUGCAGCAUCUUCCCAGGAUGUGGAGAUUGUGUCUUCAUGCUCAGAAUCAACGAGAAGUCAGUCUAUGUCAUCUGAAGCCAAACUGACAUCAGCACCAGGUGCUCAUUCAAAAGACGAGUCUCCUGAGGGUCUUAAAAAGCAAGCAGUUGCAGCAUUCCAGGGUGGAUACAAAAGUGAAGACAUUUAUGAAUAUAUUCGUGGGCGUGGCCGGGGCAAAUAUGUGUGCAAGACGUGCGGCAUUCGAUGCAAAAAGCCUAGUAUGUUGAAGAAGCACCUUCGCACACAUACCGACUUUCGGCCUUAUCAUUGUCGCCAUUGCAAGUUUUCUUUCAAGACCAAGGGAAACCUUACCAAGCAUAUGAAGUCAAAGGCUCACCAAAAGCGAUGCCUAGAGCUGGGCAUUUACCCUAUUCCACUCACUGUAGAGGAAAGUCAGAUUGAUGAAGAAGCCCUUGCCAAGCAGUGUGCCAUUGCUAAGGAUGCCCGUAUCAUUGAGAACAGUUCUAUGGAUGCUGCAGUAGAUGGUGAUGGAGAUGAUGAUGAUAAUGAUGAUGAGGAUGACAUGGAAGAAGAUGACAAUGAUGAUGAAGAAGGAGGCCAGCGUUCACUGGAAGGAGAAGAAGGGGAUAGAGGAAGAAGUAUGGACAGUGAAUUAUCAGAACAGGAUGGUAGCCUGUCAGCUAUACUACCAGUAACCUCUGCCAAUGUCAGUUUAUCAGCCUCACUGCAGAUUCUGGAUAAAGAAAGGUCCAAAGAGACAGCCACUAUCUCAUCAUCGACUGCAGAUAAGAAUCUGGCCAAUAGUACUUACAACUUGGACACAGAGAUUGCGCGCAGUUUGCUAGACUUGUCACGCAAAGUAGAAGCACAGGGGAUUGGUGAGACAGCUACUAGGUCCUUGGAGACAGAGAAUGCUCUGUCACGUCUGGACUCUCUUAUUGGUGCACUUAUGUCAAGGACAAAACCUCUUUCUGGACUGAAAUUAGGAAUGGACAACUCUCCCAUCGUUGUCUGCAUCAAAGAGCUAGAGGGGGACAGCGUUGGGUUGAUCAUCUCGCAGGAGGGUCAGCCAGGCAAAGAGAUGACAACUCCUGUCAUAAGGAUUAACUCUGUGUCUGAUGAUGAGCCUGAGCCAAAAUCUCCCUCUCCACCAUGGCUGACAACAACUGCUUCAACAACAGCAACCUCCCCUACUGUGACCUCUGUGUUUAGUGAGACAGGAUUUUCAGCUCCUUCACAACCAGUUGCUGCUGUACCGUCGGGCUUGUAUGCAUCAGCACUAACACCUGGUAGCUCUUCACCAUCAAACAAUCUGGCCUCACGACCGCGGCACUUAUCUCUUCUAAAACCACCCUCUCCUGGAGCUGUUGAUGUUACGUCACCCAGUGCUGCAUCGACAACAGCACGAGCACCAGCUACAGCAUUGGCAUUGGGUUUGAACACUAGGCCUCUCUUGGCCAAUCCUCCAAGCCCAUCGCUGAUGAAGUUCUUGCCUGCCUAUAUGUCUGCCCAUAAAUUCCCUGGCUACACUCCAACAAGCCAAGGGCCCAUAGUGGGGCAGCUCAUUCUUAAGACUAACACAGUCACUGCUGCUGGGUCCUCCAGGGACAAUGCUGGUAGUGGAAAUAGCAGCAGCAGCGAGAGCAUUGGAAAUGUGCCAAGCAUGCUGUCCACGCCAAUGUCUGGCCAGCCAUUCCAGUUCAACAAUCCAUUCCAGGAACUUUUCCAGCGCCAGAAUAGCCAGCAACAAGAAAGUGCAGCCACCACUCCAGUGGUGCUAGCUGCGUCGUCUUUGUCAUCAGAGCACAGACUUUCUCCCCAUGCUGCCCCGUCAUCUUUCUCUCCCUUGCUGAAGAGGUCGAGCUGGUUUUCUGACCAAAAUGACACAAAUGAGUUACGGGAGAAGACCUCCAUUUCAUCCAAAGAAUCCACCACCCGAGCAGAUCAAAGUCCAUCCAGGACAGAAAAUGUAUCAUCAGUUGCACUGGCUGAGAGAGCUAGGGUUCAGAGUUCACCAACCAAAGCAAGGUUAUUUUCAGGAGUGAAUUCCAGAGAAUCCCCUAGCCCUCAGCAGGUAGCUUGUGCGAUCAGUGAGGCUUCUGUUUCUAAGCAGGCACUGGGUACUUCUCAGAAACUUGGCCUUAACAUCUCAUGUGACAUUUGCCAGGCUAUGUUUUCAGGAAGCCAGCAAAUGAUGCGUCACCGCUGCACCCAUUUUGAUAAGGAUAGACCCCAGCAGCAGCUGAAGUGCAACGUGUGUCACAAGACAUUCCAUUUGGAAGCACUGCUGAAGCGGCACCAAAUGGCAGAAAGUCACUUAGCAUCUGCCAUGUUGAAGCCACCGAUGCUUUCCAGCCAGAGAUCAGAGGAUGUCAGAGACAGAGAGGAAGAAGAAGUUCGAAAGAAAGAGCCAACCAUGGUGACUCAGCUUGCAUGCACAUUUUGCACCAUGUUAUUCCAAGACCGGAGUGAGCUUGCCAACCACCUACGCUCAAAGAAGCAUGUCAACGCAUUGGAACAGCUUGGAAUGCUACCUGUUGGCACCUACGAGAAACUGAGACAAGACUAUGAAGAGGUAAAUUCACCUUUGAAAGAAACAUCUAUCCAGCCAACUGGAUAUGGCCUUUCUUUUGGGGAGCAGAGUAGACAUUCUUUUGCAAUCACUGCACAGAAGGAAUAUGCCAAGUCAAGUGAAUUGGUUUCUCAUUUGGCCUCGGUGACUUCUUCAGUAAGCUCUCCUGAAAAGCUGGACAAUGUGAGAAGAAAUAUGACAAAUGUGGAGAACUUGAGAGUCUCGCAAUCAGUAGCUGACUUUAAAACCACUCAUCCUGGUUUCACAGAGUAUAAGAGAUCAAACUCAGGAGAAAGCAGCCAUGACCAUGCGCUGAAAGCAAAGAAACCUAGGUUGCAGCUUGUGACAUUAAACUCUGUAGACUCUGACCCUGAUGGGGACUGCCAUCUUGUGAUCGAUGAAAGUCGAAUUGAAAUAUCAGGGAAAAAAUCACCAGAUUUGAUGCCAGAAUCAGAAUUCACUAUCUGUGUCCAAAAGUCCUUGAAAACUUCAUCUGCUUCACAGCUUGUGAGAAGUACUGCCCUCAUAGAGAGACACAACUCUGACAAGUUGGAGGAGACAUCUUGUGGCUUUGAGGCUGUGGAUACCGAAGUCAGACAAGAAAUGGAGGAGCGGGGCCUCAGAGUCAAAGAAACCAUCAGUGACCGCAUGAGAAGAAGUCCAUUGUCAGUUGUGGUUGAAGAAGAGCCCAGUUUUGCAGCAGAUGUAAAAGGAGCUGUGUGUGGCUUGUGUGGAGACAGCUUUCCAACAGUGGCUGAGAUGAAGGCGCACAUGCUGUGCCAUCCUGAGCUUCGGCCACAUGUAUGUGAAUACUGCGAUGCAGGCUUCACAAAUGCUCAGUCACUACGUACUCAUCUUCACACACACAGACAGGAGCGGCCUUACAUCUGUGGCAUGUGUGGGGACACAUUUGCCCUGUCUGAUGACCUUCACAUCCAUACAGCUUCACACUCCAACACAUCAAUAAUGCGACCUUCUUUUGACCACCCAGGCCCAUCCUCACCCAUCACUCAGUCAGCCCUUGGCACGUCCUCGCCAUUACAUUUACUGCGAGCACCUUCAGUCACCAGAAUUCCCAGCAUGACCAGGUCCAGUUCGACGCAGAGCUUAGCACCCUCAUCCGCAGCAACGGCUCCUUCCUUUAGCUCUGGUGGAGGACAGAGCAAGCGCUCGAGGUCACCUGAGGCAGAACUAUCUUCCUUGCCUGUCCACCAUGUAAAGAGGCUUGCUGUGUCCCAGAAUUCAGGUGGUUAUGUGGCCCUGGCCAAAUCCAAGUCUCUGACGGAGCUGCAAGGGCAGGACACUUUGUAUGGUGAAGGGGCUCUGGACAGUGAAAAGUCAGCUGAGAGGUCUUCUACCUUGAUGGUUCCCUCGGUAUUCCAGCGUGCUCGCAGCUUAGAGGGAGCUGUCACAGGUGCAUCUCUGAUGGGAAACUUGUCACAGAGAAAAGAAAUUUCUGCUUCUUCAGAUCUCAUGCGAAGCUCAGAAAGAACAGGGAUAGUGUCCAUGGAAAAGACUGACUCUGGCUCAAUUUUGAAAGCAGCUUUGCAGUUUUCUCAGGGUAACUUCAGCAUGAUCAGGCCUGUGUCUCCAUUGCCUACAGACAGUACAAAGGUCUGUGUGCAGGAUCAGCCAAGGUCUCAUCGCAGCAGAAACUAUUUCAGCCAGUGAAGCAGCUUCCUCAAAUCUUUAUCGUGAAAAGCUCCAGCU